GGCUUAACAUCCGGGUCUCCGGCGGGCGUCUCCGGACUGGACGGCGGCCGCUCCCCUCCGCUCCCUUUCGCCGGAGCCGGUUAAAGUUUCCCGGGAGGAGGAGGAGGAGAGGCAGGACGACGACGAAGGUGAGGAGAAAGAGGAGGAAGGAGGGGAGCCGCCCCCGGACCGCCCCUCCACCCGGAGCCGGAUAGUGACACUUCCUACUUUCCAGGGACAAAAAAGGGAAUUUUUUUGAUCACUGAAACUGGAAGAGCAAAGGAAAUUCAAGCAUGUUGUGCUGGGGAAAUGCAUCCUUUGGACAGCUAGGAUUGGGUGGCAUUGAUGAAGAAAUUGUACUAGAACCCAGAAAGAGUGACUUUUUCCAAAAUAAAAAGGUCCGGGAUGUAGGAUGUGGACUCAGGCACACUGUAUUUAUCUUGGAUGAUGGAACUGUCUAUACGUGUGGUUGUAAUGACCUGGGACAACUUGGGCACGAAAAAGCAAGAAAAAGACCAGAGCAGGUUGUUGCCCUGGAUGCCCAAAAUAUUGUAGCUGUUUCAUGUGGAGACGCUCAUACGCUAGCAUUAAAUGACAAGGGUCAGGUGUAUGCAUGGGGUCUUGAUACUGAUGGACAGCUUGGCCUGCCAGGAACAGAGGAGUGUAUCAGAGUGCCCAGAAAUAUUAAAAGCUUGUCAGACAUCCAGAUUGUGCAAGUUUCUUGUGGUUACUAUCAUUCACUCGCCCUCUCAAAAGGAAGUGAAGUUUUUUCCUGGGGUCAGAAUAAAUAUGGCCAGUUGGGUUUAGGUUUUGAAUUUAAAAAGCAGACUUCACCACAGUUGAUUAAGUCUUUACUUGGAAUCCCUUUUAUGCAAAUUGCAGCAGGGGGUGCCCAUAGUUUUGUACUAACUCUUUCUGGAGCUAUCUUUGGAUGGGGACGCAACAAAUUUGGUCAGCUUGGUCUCAAUGAUGAAAAUGAUAGGUAUGUCCCUAAUUUGCUAAAGUCACUAAGAUCUCAGAAAAUAGUUUAUAUUUGUUGUGGAGAAGAUCACACUGCCGCACUUACAAAGGAAGGUGGGGUGUUUACAUUCGGAGCUGGAGGGUAUGGUCAAUUGGGUCAUAAUUCUACUAGCCAUGAAAUAAAUCCACGGAAAGUUUUUGAACUUAUGGGAAGCAUCGUUACACAAGUUGCUUGUGGAAGGCAGCACACUUCUGCUUUUGUCCCUUCAUCGGGAAGAAUUUAUUCUUUUGGUCUCGGCGGUAAUGGGCAGCUAGGGACUGGUUCAACAAGUAAUAGGAAAAGCCCAUUCACAGUGAAAGGGAAUUGGUUCCCUUACAGUGAACAGGAUCCAUCAAAUAUUGAUGGUGAACAAUAUUACUGUGUAAAAAGAAUUUUCUCAGGAGGUGAUCAAAGUUUUUCACAUUACUGUAGUCCACAGAACCUUGGGCCGUCUGAUGACUUUAGGUGUCCAGAUCCUUCGAAGCAGAUCUGGACAGUGAAUGAAGCUCUGAUUCAGAGAUGGCUGAGCUACACCCCCGGGAGACUUCCUGUGGAGAUAGCCAAUGAGAUAGAUGGAACCUUUUCUUCAGCAGGUUGUCUAAAUGGAAGUUUUUUAGCCAUGAGCAAUGAUGACCACUAUAGAACUGGCUCCAGGUUCUCAGGGGUUGAUAUGAAUGCUGCUCGCCUUCUGUACCACAGACUCAUACAGCCUGACCAUCCUCAGAUAGCUCAACAGGUGGCAGCUAGUUUGGAAAAGAAUCUAAUUCCUAAAUUGACUAGUUCCUUACCCGAUGUGGAAGCACUGAGGUUUUAUCUCACUCUGCCAGAAUGCCCUUUGAUGAGUGAUGCAAACAAUUUCACGACCAUUGCCAUUCCUUUUGGAACGGCUCUUGUAAAUCUAGAAAAGGCACCACUGAAAGUACUCGAAAACUGGUGGUCUGUACUUGAACCUCCACUCUUCCUCAAGAUAGUACAACUUUUCAAAGAAGUUGUGGUUCAUCUUUUGAAACUCUACAAGGUUGGCAUUCCCCCCUCUGAAAGAAGAAUUUUCAACACCUUUCUUCAUACUGCUCUAAAGGUUUUGGAGAUAUUGCAUAGGGUCAAUGAGAAAAUGGGGCAAAUUAUACAAUAUGACAGAUUUUACAUUCAUGAAGUUCAAGACUUGAUAGAUAUAAGAAAUGACUACAUCAAUUGGGUUCAACAGCAAGCUUAUGGAAUGGAUAUCAACCAUGGAUUAACUGAGUUAACAGAUAUUCCGGUUACAAUUUGCACAUAUCCAUUUGUGUUUGAUGCUCAAGCAAAGACUACAUUGUUACAGACCGAUGCAGUCUUACAGAUGCAGAUGGCAAUUGACCAGGCCCACAGACAGAAUGUCUCCUCUAUUUUUCUCCCAGUGAUAGAAUCUGUGAAUCCAUGUCUUAUUCUGAUAGUACGUAGAGAGAAUAUUGUAGGUGAUGCUAUGGAAGUCCUAAGGAAAACAAAGAAUGUAGACUACAAGAAGCCCCUCAAGGUUAUUUUUGUAGGAGAGGAAGCUGUUGAUGCAGGAGGGGUACGCAAAGAGUUCUUUUUACUUAUCAUGAGAGAACUGUUGGAUCCGAAGUAUGGCAUGUUUAGAUAUUAUGAAGAAUCCAGACUCAUCUGGUUUUCUGAUAAGACCUUUGAAGACAGUGAUUUAUUCCAUCUGAUUGGCGUUAUCUGUGGACUAGCAAUUUAUAACUUUACUAUUGUAGACCUCCAUUUUCCUUUGGCUUUGUAUAAGAAGCUGUUGAAAAAGAAGCCUUCCCUAGAUGAUUUGAAAGAAUUGAUUCCUGAUGUUGGGAGGAGCAUGCAGCAAUUACUGGAUUAUCCAGAAGAUGAUGUAGAGGAAACAUUUUGUCUUAAUUUUACGAUCACCGUAGAAAACUUUGGAGCAACAGAAGUGAAAGAGCUGAUUGUAAAUGGUGCAGAAAUUGCUGUAAACAAAGAAAAUCGGCAUGAAUUCGUGGAAGCCUAUGUGGAUUAUAUAUUCAAUAAAUCGGUGGCUUCUUUAUUUGAUGCCUUCCAUGCAGGCUUUCAUAAAGUCUGUGGAGGGAAAGUCCUUCAACUCUUCCAUCCCAAUGAACUGCAGGCUAUGGUCAUAGGGAACACAAACUACGAUUGGAAGGAACUGGAAAAGAAUACAGAAUACAAAGGAGAAUAUUGGGCAGAACAUCCCACCAUAAAAAUAUUUUGGGAAGUUUUUCACGAAUUGCCUUUGGAAAGAAAAAAGCUGUUUUUGUUAUUUUUGACAGGUAGCGACCGCAUUCCUAUUCUCGGCAUGAGGAGUCUGAAGCUGGUUAUCCAACCAACCGGAGGCGGAGAAGGGUACCUCCCAGUGUCCCACACCUGUUUUAAUCUUCUGGAUCUUCCAAAAUACACAGACAAGGAAACUCUGCGGUGCAAACUCAACCAGGCUAUCGAUCACAAUGAAGGGUUCAGUUUAAUAUAACUCUGGAGGUAUUGUAACUGUUCAUUUUAAUGUGAAAGCAUUAAAUGCGUUCUUUGUGUCUUUUUAGUGGUGGUGAGUCCAGUGGACAAAGGUGACAGAGGUGAUAUACUGUAAUUAGCGGCUUCUUUGCAAAAUGUUCAGUGAUUAUACGAAUAUCCAUUCAUCAAAGCCAAAAGUCUUAGAUCAACAAACUGUGUUAAUACUAAACUUAUUGUACAGAACCAUAGCUUUUUUUUUUCAUCUGCCAAUAAAUGCGAGUAUUGUGACUAAAUUCAUGAUCCACAGACAUGGAUUUUAAGGGGCUGAAUAUUACCACAAUGAUCUGGUGUGAGAGUGUGCAUGGGAAAACUUGCUUAAUUUUUUCAAUCACCGAGUGAGAAAACUUUAACUUCAAUUUGCAAUAGUCACUUGAUUUAUUUUUCAUUUGUAAAUAAUAAAAGGUUUUGUAAUAAAAUAGUUACAUUCUGAUA